CUUCACCACUCUCCUUGAUCAAUAUUUUUCAUCACUUUCAACUACAUUUUACUUGCGUGGUCACCAUAACACACACAGCAUGAAGCUUCUUGAUAUAUUUUUUGUCCUGGCAAUUAUCAUGGCUUUAGCCAUUUCUCUUACUGCUACACCAUCCGAAGAAGAGUCAUCCCUUGACUUCAGUGAAAAUGGAGAUGAGGAAAACUUUGAUCUUCCUUGGCUUGAGAGCCAAGAAACAACUUCAUCUUUGCGAGGGGCAAACCGCUUUCUAGCUCAGAAAAUUCGGGCUGUCAUGACGUGUAACAAGUACCCUAGAGUUUGUCGUGCUAAGGGCAGUCCCGGGCCGGAUUGCUGCAGGAAGAAGUGUGUGAAUGUGAUGACAGACAGGCUCAACUGUGGAAUGUGUGGUAAGAAGUGUAGGUAUCCUGAGAUUUGCUGCAAAGGGCAGUGUGUGAACCCGAUGAAUAACAAGAAAAACUGUGGGGGCUGCAGCAACAAGUGCAAGAAAGGGAGUAAAUGUCAGUAUGGAAUGUGCAGCUAUGCAUAGAAACGCAGGCCGGUGCUAUGCUUAUAUAUCCAUAUCUGAUUUGGACCCAAACAAGAAUGAACAAGUAGAUAUUUGUAGCUUAAAUUCAUUUGCUUCGAUAUUGGAGCUUCGUAUAUCUUUUUUGGGGUUUAUUUAUUCUUUCGAUUCUACACCAUAAUGUAAGAAGGGAUAUGUCCUUCACUAUUAUUCAUUUCAAGAUAUAUAGUUUUUCCUAAUCAUCAAGUGUAAUUGCUGCCAAA